AUGACAUCUCACCGCGAGUGGUUCAUAAACUGCCGUGCCCUCGCUACACCCAAGCGUGUUUACCUCGAAGAUGAGCGCUUUAUCCUCGCCGUUGGUAUCGGUCAGGUCACACUCUGUGCAGCAGUCGACCAUGGCUCAAUGAACACUGGCAUUGUGCAGGAAGUUCUCCAUGUCCCAGAUCUCAAUGGCAACCUGCUCUCUGUCUCGCAGUUUGACCGCAACAGCUACGAUGUUAGGUUCGCUGAUGGUACGUGUCGCAUCAGCAAUGCCCAGGGCCGACUUAGUGCCAUUGGGUACAUGCGGAGAAAUCUCUAUGUUCUCGACGUGACCACGCAGCUCCCCGAGCGUACCUACAUCCUGCAGGCAAAAGAUCUCCCUCCCUCUUACGAUGACUCCAUGGAUGAUCCCCCACUCCACGCUUUUGUUGCUAAGGAGACAACAUCCAGUGCGAGUGCUCAGGUCUGGCAUCGCCGCCUUGGUCACAUCUCCGUAGACUCUGUGCUGAAGAUGGUGCGAAAGGGAAUGGUCAAGGGCAUGUCGAUCGUCGGAGAAAAGGUGAGUAAUGUCACCUGCAAGCCCUGUCUCCAUGGCAAGCAGACACGCCAGCCAAUCCCGAAGGAGUCGGAUGUCGAGAAUCCCCGCGUUCUCCAUCGCACCUACUCCGAUGUCUGUGGUCCCAUGCAGACUCAGACACGGUCCGGCCACCGCUAUUUCAUCACGUUCAUCGAUGGACACACGCACCACCUUGUCGCCAACCUCAUGAAGACGAAGGAUGAAGCGCUUUCACACUUCAAAGCUUUUGUUGAACGAGCUGAGGUCGAGACCGGGCAGCGUGCCAAUAUCCUGCGGACUGAUGGCGGCGGUGAGUACGAGUCGAAGGAAUUCGAAGUGUACCUAAAGGAGAAGGGCAUCCACCAUGAAAAGAUGAAUGCCUACACUCCACAGGAGAAUGGCGUUUCCGAGCGGAUGAACCGCACCAUCGAGGAGAUGGCCAGGAGCAUGCUCAAUGACGCUGGACUGCCGAACACAUACUGGGGUGAUGCUGUGUUACAUGCAGUACACAUCCUUAACUCUGUUCCAAGCUGCACUCUCCCUGACAACCUCACACCACACGAGGCCUACACCAGAAACAAGCCGAGCGUGGCGCACCUCCGCGUUUUCGGCUGCAAAGCCUAUGUCCACAUUCCGAAGGAAAAACGUCAGAAACUCGACUCGAAAACGUUCGAGUGCACGCACCUGGGGUUUGCCGCAAAUCGCAAGGCCUACCGUCUGGUUCACAGAGCGACCGGCCGCAUCGUCGAAUCCCGCGACGUGUAUUUCGACGAAGGCACCGAAGUCGCACCCAGUCGUGUCACAAUUGACAUCACACCUACGCAGGAGGCGCCCGACGCGCGGCCGCAGCUGCCGCCAAGGCCCACUGUCGAAGAUGUCCCAGAUGAAGAUGAGGAUGCACCUGCACUCCUGGAUGUGGACGACAGCGAUGAUGAGGAUGACAAUGACAGCGCGGAUGAGGACAGUGACGACGACGUUCCACUGCCCGAAAUUAGGCGCCGGCAUCACGCCGCGCGCGCCGCGCAGCCACCACCACCUCCUCCCCCGGCUCCAGAACUGCGCCAUUCAGGUCGAACGCGCACGGCACCGGUAGCGGCCGAUGACGACCGCUAUUUCGUGUCCUCCUACACAUGGAAACCGAAGGGCCAGGAUGAUGUGGGUGGAGUGGGCGCUGAUGCCGCAGCAGCAGACUCGGAGAAUGCAGAGGAAGUGGGCGAUGCAGAGAAUGCUCACAAAGCCACAAGCUGGGAUGAACCACAGACCUACGAGGAGGCGAUGUCACGCCCCGAUGCUGCGCGCUGGAAGGCUGCAUGCGCAGAGGAGCUACACGCAUUUGUCAAAGCGGAGCUCUACGACAAAGUGGAGCGCCCGCGGAAUCGCAAGGUCAUAGACUGCAAGUGGGUCUUCAAGAUCAAGCGUGGACUGGACGGUGAAAUCGAGAAGUACAAGGCUCGACUUGUUGCCAAGGGCUUUACACAGGUUGAGGGCCUCGACUUCAAUGAAACCUUUGCACCCGUCGCAAAGUUCGCUUCUGUCCGAACACUACUUGCUCUUGCUGCCAAGCUCGACCUCGAGAUCCACCAGAUGGACGUCAAAUCGGCAUUCCUGAAUGGUGAUCUUGAUGAGGAGAUCUACAUGAAGGUUCCCUCUGGCUUCCGCAGGUCCAACAGCCUCAUCUGGAAGCUGAACAAGGCCCUCUAUGGUCUUAAGCAGGCUGGACGUGAGUGGUACAAGAAGAUCCGUGCUGAGUUCGAGGCGCUUGGGUUCACCCGCUGCCACUCGGACCACAGCGUGUUCUACAAGAACGAUGACGGUAUUCUCCUCAUUAUCGCCAUUUAUGUCGAUGACAUGCUCAUUCUUUCUGACAACCUCACUGCUGUCACCACCCUCAAGGAAGAUCUCAAGUCUCGCUUCGAGAUGACCGACCUUGGUGAAGCACGGUGGCUCCUUGGCAUGGAAAUCGCUCGUGAUCGUCCUCGCCGUGUCCUUGAGCUCUCGCAACACCAGUAUGUCGAGAAGUGUCUCGCACAACAUGGUAUGGCCAAUUGCCGCCCGGUCAGCACACCUAUGGCACAGAACCAGAAGCUCGUCAAGCUCUCGGAGGCGGAGAUCGACCCGAAGCCUUACCAGAGCGCGCUUGGCUCUCUCAUGUAUGCAAUGAUCGGGACUCGCCCCGACCUUGCAUUCACGGUGGGCGCGUUGAGCCAGCAUGCUGCAACACCAGGCAAGGAGCACUGGAUUGCUCUUAUGCGAGUCUAUCGCUACCUGCGUGGGACAGCAGACAAGAAGCUCGUCUAUUGUGGCACUACCAAGGAGAAGAAACCCCUUCUCAGAUACGUGGAUGCAGAUUGGGCAGCGAACGUCAACAACCGUCGAUCGGUCACAGGUUUUGUUUUCCUCAUAUCAGAAGGCGCUGUCAGCUGGUCUUCAAAGAGGCAGCACUCGACGGCGCAGUCCAGCACUGAAGCUGAGUAUAUGGCUGGAGCUCAUGGUACAAAGGAAGCAGUCUGGCUUCGCGCUUUCCUCUCGGAGAUUGGACAGGUUCAGAAGGGCCCUACUCCAUUGCUCAUCGACAAUCAGUCCGCCAUCGCGCUAUCCAAAAAUGCUGCUUUCCAUGAACGCACCAAGCACAUUGCCGUCCGCUACCACUUCAUCCGCGAGAAGUAUGACUCCGGCGAGAUCGAACCUGAGUACGUUCCUACCGGAAAUCAGGUUGCUGAUGUCUUGACGAAGGGGCUUCCUCGUGAGAAGCAUGAGAAGUUUUCAGCGGGGAUGGGCUUGGCUUAA